AUGUCCUCCCAGCCCUCCAACCCCAUUAUCCCUGGCUUCUCGCCCGAUCCGUCAAUCGUCAAGGUUGGCGAGUGGUACUUUCUCGUCAACUCCACCUUUCACAUGUUUCCUGGUAUCCCUGUAUAUGCAUCAAAGGACUUGAUAUCGUGGAAGCAUAUCGGAAAUGUUAUUCACCGGCGGGAGCAGAUUAGUCUGAAAAAGUCAGACACUGAAGUCAACCGUCUGCCAGGCGUUGGGGAAGUGAUGCUCGCUACGGGCGGUCUCUAUGCUCCAACUAUUCGCUACCACAAUGGUACUUUCUACGUCGUCUGUACCAACGUUGUUAGAGUCAUCCCAAAGGCUGAAGGAGAGAGCGAUAUAAAUGAGAAUUUCAUUGCCUCGACAAAAGACAUCUGGUUAGGCCAGUGGAGUGACCUGGUCAAGUUCGACUUCGAUGGCAUCGACCCCAGCAUGUUAUUCGACGACGAUGGCAAGACAUAUAUCCAGGGAUCCAAGUCGCCGGGUCCAUACACCAAGAUCGCCCAGUUCGAGGUGGACAUCGAGACAGGCCGCAAGCUCUCUGAGGAAAAGAUCCUGUGGGAGGGCACAGGCGGGGUCUACCCUGAGGGGCCGCACAUCUACAAGCGCAACGGCUGGUACUAUCUCAUGAUAUCUGAGGGCGGAACCCAUGAUGAGCAUAUGAUCACCAUGGCCCGGUCCCGCAACGUUUGGGGUCCUUAUGAGCCGUGCCCCGACAACCCCAUCUUGGUCCCCGCCAGCACCGACUUCUACGUGCGCCACACUGGCCACUGCGAUGCAUUUGAGGACGAAAAGGGUCAGUGGUGGGGAGUAUGUCUUGGAGUACGCAGGGACAAGGGUGAUAGAUACAAUAUGGGCAGGGAGUCUUUCCUCACAACUGCAAAGUGGACUGAUGAUUGGCUCCGUCUCGACUCGGUUCAAGCUGUCAUUGAUACAUCCCGGCUAGCGAGCGCAGACGUAGUUCAGGGGUUAACAGCUGUUGACAACGUGGACUACCUCUACAUCCGAGACCCAGCUCUGGAGAACUACAAGUUCGCCAACGGGAAUAAGAGUCUGACUUUAAUUUCAUCCACCGUCGAUCUAUCACACCCUCGCGAAUCUCCCACGUUCGUGGGUAAAAGACAGCGCAUGCACAAAGGACAAAGCAGCGCCACUCUGCAAAUCAGUCCUUCCUGGGCCAACACCCAGCUCAAGACUGGUCUCGCCUAUUACAAAGACGAGCACCGCUACUUGCGGGUAUACUACGACGCCGACGAAAAGGCCGUGGUGUACGAAGCCAUCAACGCCGCCAAGGAUAUCAGCAAGACUGAGCGACGCGCCCUGGACAAGGAUGUUGACAGCCUGCGGUUCCGCAUGGAGUACACCGAGGCGGAAUAUCGUAUCGAGUAUGCAGUUGGGCAACAGGCGUGGGAGCGCAUUGCUACGCUCGACACGAUUGACAUGACAGGGCCUGACUUUGUUGGGCCUGUGAUCGGCGUGUUUGCCUUGGAUGCACACGGAGGUUUGACGGUUGAAGUGGCCGAUCUCGAAGUGGAGUAG